UAAAGACCUAACCAAACAUUUAUUUUUUUGUAAACUUGAAGAUUACAUUGUUUAUGAAAGUAGAGGUAGGAGAAGGAGAAAAUUAUAAUUUAGAUGAACAAACAUUUAAGUUUUAUUCUUUCUAUCUAUUCAGGUCGGUUUUUCGAGUCGUUAUAAAAUAAAAUUUCUUGUUUUCUUUAGGAAAGUCGACAACAAAUUGAUUCUCAUAGUAAAUAAACAAAUAUGUAUUUAUUAUUAUUAUUAUUUCCCCGAACAAUUCAGGUGAUGUAUAAAUUUAAAUGUACUUCGUUUUAUUCUAAUUGAUUUUCUGAUAAUGUUCGUAUUAUUAUUUCAAUCGAGUUUCUUAUAAGUUAGAAACAAUUGACAUAGUUUGAAUAUCAAUUUAUCACUGAAGGUCACGAAAACAAUCAAACGUUUAUUUCAUUUUUAAAAGGUCAUUGAUGGUCAUGUUCGAACAAUUUAGUCUCAAACGAUAUACAAAUUAAAUUGAAAAUAAUUACAAACUCUUUAUUUUUAUCAAUUUUCCUUCUAGGAAAUAAAUUUUUACAAAAAUUUAUUGAUAGAUGAAAAACUAUUCGUUAUAUGGUCAAAAAAUGGCGAUUUACUCAUUUUAUUAUUGCAAAUGCGACAAAUUCACGUUUACGAACGCAAAAAUAUCCAUAAAAUAAAAUAAAAAAUUUGGAAUAUUUCAACUGAAUUGAGGUUGAUGUGUCAGACAGUGAAGUUACAGUUCUUUUGAAGAGAAUAUGACGUCGGAAAUAACAUCAGACAUUGAAGAAAGACCCACCCAGUUUCAAAAACAGUAUGAAGUAGAAAAUAACACCAGAAGUUAGAGGAAGACUCCCCCAGUUUCAAAAGGAAUAUACAGUCGAGAAAUUACUACAUCAGAGAGUGAAGAAACACCUCCAGUUUCAAAAUGAAUACGAAGUCGAAAAUACCGCCCGAAACUGAAGAAAGACCCCCCAGUUUCAAAAGAAGUAUACAGUCGGAAAUUACUACACCAGACAUUGAAGAAAGAUCUCCAGUUUUAUGUUCGCGUUUAUUUGUCUGUAGUAAUAAAACAUAGAAUGUGCCUAACCUAACCUAACCUCAACCUGCCUAUAAAAUGUGGUCUUCAUUAAGUAUUUCAAUAACAACAAAACUAAAGAUUGUUUCAGACUAAUGUAGAAUGUUUUGUGCUGUAUGAGGUAGAAAUUUAAUCCAGAAAAUUUAAUAAUUAACGUACUUGAAAGAUUAGAAAAGAUACAUAACGAUUACGAAGGAAAAAUGAAGAUUGAUAAGUCAUACACUACAGAAACCAGCAACAAACAAAAUCAUAUAGGCGCUAAAUUAUAAUACAACGGACAAAAUGAAAAGAAGCAAACUUGUACAAACAAGGCGAAGAACUAUCAAGAAAGGACUGCGACGAAUAAACUUUAUGCUAAAGCUAAAGCUAAGAGGCUUCAGAAUUAGCCAAAAACGUGAAAUGGAAAGCCCACGUCAACAAAAUUAUCCGAUAGAGAUCUAAUUGUUCGUUGUUCGUCGUUCACUCGAUUUAUGUCUCGAUUCUAGAGCAAUGUGAAACUUGGGAGCAAUCAACAAAGUUACUCUGAAGUUGGUACUAAUUCACACCAGAGUUCGUGGUAAUAAACAAGCUGAACAGCUGAAGAUGAAGAGCAGGACAGUUCCUUUCAUAGGAUUUCGUAUAAAUCACCCAUCAAUGAUCAUAAAAAUUUGGAAAAAUGAGAAAAAUCGGAAACAUUGAGGACAGUUUUUCAUUAAAACGAUUUGGGAGGUUGAAAUGCGUGAAUCUCGUUAAUAUAUAUAACAAAUUAUUAAAUAAUUUUAGAUAUUACAUUCAAGUUUCCAUUUUAGCGGACAUCCUGUAUCUAUUGUGUUGACUUGAAGAGAUAUGUUUAUUAAUUAUUGUAGUGGGGCAUCGAGAGUAGCUACUCGAAUUGAUAAAAACGAAUAAUCUAAUCAAUUCCACUUGUAAUUAACAAUUUCAUUAUACGGUAAAGAAAAUAUACGAAACUGAAUUAAUUAUCUGCUCCAACAUUAACUUACUGUCCGGUAUACAAACACCGUUUAAACAUUCAUCAGUUGUUUAGAUGUUUUGCAUUAGGUAUCUUGUUAGUGGGUCACGUGUAUCUUGUAUGUUGACAGAAAAGUGAAAAUAGUGUAAAAUGGAAAUAGUGAAAGGGGCUGCGACAUUUACUAAGACUGUUAUCGCUACAAGCACGUCUUGGUUGCCGUCAUCACCAGAAUAUAAGCCGAAGUCAUCUUUGGGUAUAGUACCACCCAAAACGAGAUAUAAACUAGAUGGGUUAAUUACUCCUGACCAAUGGUUGGAAAGUCGAAAAAAUACUGAUGGAGCAGAAGGUUUAUGGAGAAUACACGAUAAAUUAUAUGAUUUUACAAGUUUCAUCGGACAACAUCCUGGAGGAAAAGACUGGUUGAUAUUAACAAAAGGUACAGAUAUAUCAGAAAUUUUUGAGUCCCAUCACAUAUCCGAUUUACCCGAACAAAUGAUAAGAAAAUAUUUCGUUAAAGAAGCAGUAACGAAAAGAAACGUCCCGUUUACGUUCGACGAAGACGGAUUCUAUCGAACUCUCAAAAGAGAAGUCAGAAAAUCCUUAAAGGAUAUACCAAAAAAUAUCUACUGCAUAUCUGAUUUAUAUUCAGACGGAUUAUUAUUUUUAUUAUUCCUAUUUUCGACGUUAGCCGUGAAAUGGUGGAGUUUUACGAUAGCUACAGCCGCUGGGGUAGCUUUAGGUCUAUUAACUAUAGCUGCCCAUAAUUACGUACAUCGGAAGGAUAAUCUGAGGAUGUUUUAUCUUCAAUUUUCUCUACUGCAAAUAAGAGAAUGGCGUAUAACUCAUUGUUUGAGUCAUCAUCCUUUUACCAACACAAUAAUAGAUUUAGAGAUAAUGAUGGUGGAGCCGUUUCUUCAAUUUCUUCCGUACAAGAAAAUUUUCGGCGGGUAUUUUUCACUGGUGGUGUACCCGUUCACCUUAACUCUAAGUUUUCCAGGGUUAUUUAUGAAAAGGUUGAUGAGUUCUCCAAGCUGUAAUUAUAAAAAUAUUGAUAUUAAGGACACUUCUGGACUCAUCUUACCUAUAUUUAUGUUCAUAACUGGAAAACAAACAAUAUUUUACACAGUUUUGAUGUGGUGCUUCAUUCUAUUGGUUGGUUCUUAUAUUUUUACUUUAAUUGGAUUAAGCGCAGCCCAUCAUCAUCCUGAUGUUUUUCACGAUGGAGAUACUCCAAGAACCUCGGAGGAAUACGAUUGGGGUAUUAGUCAAUUAGACGCUGUAAUGGAAAGGAAAGAUAUAACAGGUUCUGAUUUCUUGGUGUUAACCACUUUUGGUGACCACUGUUUACAUCAUAUGUUCCCAACAUUAGACCAUUCCACUCUCAAAUACUUGUAUCCAACAUUGGAUAAAGUGAUGCGACAAUUCGAUUUGAACUUGAGGUUAAUAUCGCAAAUGGAUGCCGCCAUCGGGGCGGUACAACAAAUGAUCAAAGUCGAACCGAAUCAAUCGCCACCGGAUUUAAAAAAAAAUGAAAUGUUUCCACGUUGUCAGACAUAAAAUUUUUAAUGUAAUUAUUCGUAAAUUGAAGAUUUAUUUUGAAACGAAAUUUGUAUAUAUCGACCCUUAGCGUGUGAUGAAUUAUUUUCAAAAUGUAUUUAAUAGAUCAAAUUCAAUCGAAAGGGAAAUAAAUUUAUUUAUCAUAGCGA